AAGGUUUUAACUUGACAUCGGGAGAAUCUGAAAUUACAAUAUUGCCCAACCAAUCGGCAUAAAAUUUCUGGUUUAGUCUACUCCUCCUCCACCUUCUAAACCAAAAAUCUCUGGUGAAAACCCUAAACCCUACUGCCUCCUUCCAGAAUCUCCAACUAAGCCACUAAAAAAUGGCGGAACUAAAGCUGUCGGAGACCCGAGACCUAACCCGAAUCGAGCGCAUAGGCGCACACUCUCACAUCCGUGGCCUGGGCCUGGACUCCGCCUUGGAACCCCGAGCGGUCUCGGAGGGCAUGGUGGGUCAGUCGUCUGCCAGAAAAGCCGCCGGCCUUAUCCUCCAGAUGAUUAAGGAAGGAAAAAUUGCGGGACGUGGCGUUCUUAUAGCUGGUCAGCCAGGCACGGGCAAAACAGCAAUUGCCAUGGGCAUGGCUAAGUCGCUGGGCCUGGAGACCCCUUUCGCCAUGAUAGCCGGCAGCGAGCUCUUCUCCCUGGAAAUGUCGAAAACAGAAGCCCUAACCCAAGCUUUCCGCAAAGCCAUUGGGGUCCGAAUUAAAGAAGAGACCGAAGUCAUCGAGGGUGAGGUGGUUGAGAUCCAGAUCGACCGACCUGCUGUAUCAGGGGCAGCCUCGAAGACCGGUAAGUUGACAUUGAAGACCACUGAGAUGGAGACUGUUUACGACCUUGGCGCCAAGAUGAUAGAGGCCUUGGGGAAGGAGAAGGUGCAGAGUGGAGAUGUGAUUGCCAUAGACAAGGUCUCGGGAAAGAUAACGAAGUUGGGUAGGUCGUUUACGAGGUCCAGAGACUACGAUGCCAUGGGCCCUCAGACCAAGUUUGUGCAAUGCCCCGACGGAGAGUUGCAAAAGCGAAAGGAGGUUGUGCACUGUGUCACGCUUCACGAGAUCGAUGUCAUCAACAGCAGAACACAGGGAUUUUUAGCUCUCUUCACUGGUGAUACAGUGAAAUUCGUUCAGAAGUGAGGGAACAGAUUGAUACA